CCCCACCAGCGCCAUUGCCCGAGCGAGAUCCCCGAUCCCCUCUUUAAGUAGAGACAGCCAAGCUAUUCGCUCGCCUUAUUGUAGGGUUUCUUCGCAAUUGGGAAAAUGUCAGCUUGGCUCGUGGGCUAGAUGAGGCGCAAGCAGACCUGAAGUUGAUGCUUCUUCUUCGUCGCUACUGCAGGGAAGUGGUAGUACGAAAGCAUAGCUGAAGAACCAAUAUUGGGAAGAACGGCGCGAGCGAUCGAGCGGCUAGGUGGCCAUCCGGCCAUGAGCGGCUUCGUGGGGCAGCGGUCCUGGAUGGGGGCCGCCGCCACCCCGUCGGAGCCGGUGGCCGGCGACGCGCGGGACGACGGCGCCGCCUCCUCCUCGUCCAUGAACGCCAGCGCCAUCUCCUUCGGCUUCGCCGCCACCGCCAUCCUCAUCGCCAUGUUCCUCCUCAUGGCCAUCUUCGAGCACCUCAUCAAGCCCGGAUGGGCCGCCGCCCGGGCGUCCCGCGACGCUGGCGACGACGGAGACGCCCAGGAGCCGUCCCGCUCCGACCGGCACCGUCACCGGCCGCGCGACCACGGCUCGCCGGACAAGCUCGCACCUCCGCCCAAGAUGGAGGUCGUGGUGGCCGCGCCGGACCUGACGGUGGUGAUGCCGGGGCAGCGGUACCCGACGUUCCUGGCGCAGCCGGCGCCGCUCCUCUUCCCGUGCCCGAGAGAACCUUUGCGCUGGCCUCCGCACCAUGACCGCCGCCAUUCCUUCCUGCCGCCGUGACUCUCUCUUUCGCGCGGAUAAGUGGAGUAGUUUGUAUAGAUCGAGGGUACGAGGCGGGAAAUGCGGAGGUGAUGCUGGUAUGUGCGCCGAGGAAAAUGUUGGAUCGAUUGUGCCGAUUGCCUGAUGUUCAUAGGUCGUAGUCCUAGGGUAGGCAAUGCAUGUCUAGGAUACUUCUUCAUCCUCUGAUCUUCGUCCACCGCUGUUCUUCUUGUGUGAUGAAGGAUUUUUCAUGGCGUAGAAUGCGUCGUUCA